CCAGAAGCAGCCCUGCAAGAUGCACUUAGACACCCGGCGGCUGGAAGAAUGAGCUUGUCCUUCCUCCUCCUCCUCGUCCUCAGCCACCUCGUCCUCAGCGCCUGGGCUCGCGGGGAGAAGCACGUCGCCGCCAAAGGGCACCCCGGACCCGCUGCCACCGGCCGGAGCCCGGGAGGCGCCCGCAGCAGCCGGAGCGGCAGGGGCACGACGUCCUCCUCCGCCGCCGCCGCCUCCCCCUCCCCCGGCGCUUCUCCGGGCCACCGAGGCGGCGGCUCGGAGCAGAGCAGCUUCCAGUGGAGCCCCUCGGGGCGCCGGACCGGCAGCCUGUACUGCAGAGUGGGCAUCGGUUUCCAUCUGCAGAUCUACCCGGAUGGCAAAGUCAACGGCUCCCAUGAAGCCAACAUGUUAAGUAUUUUGGAAAUAUUUGCUGUGUCUCAGGGGAUUGUAGGAAUACGAGGAGUUUUCAGCAACAAAUUUUUAGCGAUGUCAAAAAAAGGAAAACUCCACGCAAGUGCCAAAUUUACAGAUGACUGCAAGUUCAGGGAGCGAUUUCAAGAGAACAGCUAUAACACCUACGCUUCGGCGAUCCACAGAACUGAGCCUGCGGGCCGGGAGUGGUACGUGGCCCUCAACAAGAGAGGGAAGGCUAAGCGGGGCUGCAGCCCCCGGGUCAAACCCCAGCACGUCUCCACUCACUUCCUGCCCAGGUUCAAGCAGCUAGAGCAGCCAGAACUUUCUUUCACGGUCACCGUUCCUGAGAAGAAAAAGCCACCCAGUCCUGUCAAGCCAAAGGUGCCCGUGUCUGCCCCUCGGAAGAGUCCCAACACCGUGAAAUACAGACUCAAGUUCCGCUUCGGGUAACCUUCAUCUUGGCCUUGGAGAAACCAGGCCUUCCCUCGGAGCUUCCAGGGCUGAGAAAGAAGAAUAUUGGGUCCAGCUCCAGCUCUGCUGCACUGUCUCCAAGUCAGGUCACGGGCUUCAGUGCGACGGAAACAAAGAUGUUUUCUGAGAGGGGCUGAACCGGAAUUCUUCGUCCUAAGUGGGGAGCACAGGGCUUCAGGGCCCAAGACGGGAAAGCCUUCUGCUCUGUGCUUGGUGGUACCCAGUAUGUUCUGGAAGCUCAAGAGCGCGGACUACGUACUCUCCUGACUUUUACAGAUCAACCUGAAAGAACACACAUGAUACAUUUUUAUUUUUGGU